UAAUACCAAAAACUUAUCAUAAAAAAGGGCAGUUAUUAUUAAACUUAGUUGAAACAAGUAAAAGUAAAAUACAUUGGGAUAACGAAGGUACAGUCAUAAUUGAUAGUGAAAAAAUUCCUGGAAGUAAUAUUGUUGAUUUAAUAAAUGAUUCACUAAGACCCCUAAAAAGAAGUGAUCCGGUAGGGUGGGUUAGAUUUGCUGAAGCAUUAAAAGAUAUUAAAGUACCACUUACUUAUAUUGGAAAUCCAAGGAGAUGUGAGUUUAUUAACCAACUUCAAGCAAAAGAUCUGAACAAACCCUCUGAGAUUGAAGUUCAAGAGUUUUCUACACCGUGCAGUAGAGAUAAAAAGUCUACAACUAAAAUACGUAAAGGACUUGAGUGGGAAAAAUGGACUCCGUACUAGAAGAAAUUAACAGGAUUUAUUAUGAUCCAUCUAAUCCCGCUGGUUUUGGUAGUAUUGAUAAAUUAUCAAAAGCCAUGAAGGGUAAAAUGAAUAAAAAGCAAGUAAAGGAAUGGUUAAAAUCACAAGAAACAUACACAUUACAUAAACCCAUUCGAAAAAAAUUCCCGCGUAAUAGGUACAUUCUAUCAAAUAUUAAUGAACUGUGGCAAGCUGAUUUAAGUGAUAUGCCAACUUAUUCUCAAUAUAAUGAUGGUUUCAAGUAUAUACUUUGUAUUAUUGAUGUAUUUAGUAAAUAUGCUUUUGCAAGACCAAUGAAAAAGAAAAACUCAGAAACAACUAAAGAAUGUUUUGAAAGUAUAUUUACUGAAAGUAAUUUAACACCUACUCACAUACAAUCCGAUAAAGGUACAGAAUUUGUUUCAAAAGAUGUACAAAAAUACUUUAUAUCCAAAAAGAUUAAUUACUAUACCACUAACAAUCCUGACAUUAAGGCCAGUAUUGUUGAACGAUUUCAAAGAACACUAAAAAUGAAAAUGUGGCGUUAUUUCACUCAUAAUAAUACUUAUAGAUAUAUAGAUGUUUUACAAGAUUUAAUAUACUCUUAUAAUCACAGCUUUCACUCUAGUAUUAAGAUGUGCCCAUGUGAUGUAAAUUCCAACAAUAUUAUGACAGUUUGGACUAAUCUUUAUGAUAGACGGUCAAAAAAACUUUCUUUAGAAAAUCCUAAACCAAAUUUCAAUGUGGGUGAUUAUGUUCGAAUAACUAAAUAUAAACAUGUAUUCCAAAAAGGAUAUGAAUCAAAUUGGAGUGAUGAAAUAUUUAUUAUAUCUUCAAUAAUUGAUAGAUCUCCAUGGGUUGUUUAUACAAUAACAGAUUUACAAAAUGAACCAAUAAUUGGUACUUUUUAUGAAAGAGAAUUACAGAAAAUCACUUACAACCCCACCUCACAACAUAAAAUAGAUAAAAUAAUUGACACUCGUUAUUCAGGUAACAGAAAAGAAGUAUUAGUGAAGUGGAAAGGUUAUCCAGAUAAAUUUAACAGUUGGAUUUUAGCUUCUAGUUUAAAAGAAAUAUGAAUAAAGAAAGUUUCUAUUUAACUUUGCUCAGCAAUAGUUCAAUGGAAUACUUUCCUGAUAACAAGACCACAAAUUUUUCAACGAAAUUACCAAAAGCUAUAAAAUUAGAAGGUGAAUGGUCGGUUGGAGUUGUCGAGUUUCAAUAUCCAUGUACCAUGUUUACUGUUCAAGACCAUGAAAAUGUUAUAUACAUUACAAAAUCUAUGUUAAUGCCUAAUGAAGAUAAGCCAUCUACAGUGUACUACAAAAAACAUAUUCCAGCUACCAACUAUGAUAACGUUGAGCAUAUUUUAAGAGUGUUAAAUAGUAUCGGAGAGAACUUGAAAUUUCGCUAUGAUGAAAUAACAAAAUUUGUGUCUAUUUCGGUAUUGGAUAAAAAUAUAACAUCCGUAACAUUAUCACCCAAAUUAAGUUUACAGCUAGGUUAUGAACCAAAUAAAAAUCUCCUAGAGAGAAAUUUUGGAAAGUGUCCUGCUAAUUUACACUUAGGGUUACCAUCUCAACUAUUUCUAUAUUGCGACAUUAUCGAUCCUCAGAUUGUGGGUGAUGUUAUGACUCCUUUAUUAAGAGUCAUUUCAUUAGAUCCUACAAAAUACAUUUAUGGUGCAAAUAAAAUGCACGUUUUCUCUCAACCUCACUACUUACCUGUUAUGCGAAGAGAGUUCGAUACGUUGGAAAUAGUUAUAAGAUCGAGUACAGGACAAAAAAUAUCAUUCCAGUUUGGAACCGUGUGUAUUAAACUACAUUUCCGAAAAUUAUAAUAAUGAAUUCUCUUCGUGAUCAUCAUAAAUGUCCAUAUGAAAAUUAUUAUACACAUCAAGCUGGAUCAGGAGUUGGAGUAAUUUAUAAGGGUUCACUAGCUUCUUAGGGGGGUUAUUCAGAUCAGUUUUACCUUUACUUUCAAGUGGUGCUCGAGUGAUUGGUAAGGAGGCAUUAAGCGCUGGAGUAGGACUUUUAUCGGAUAUGGUUCAAGCCCGUCCUAUGGAAGCCUCAAUAAAAGAUCGUCUAAAGCAAGUUAGUACGAAUUUAAAACGAAAGGCUGAUGAGAAAAUUGAUCAAUUUAACAUGACUGGAUCUGGGUAUAAAACUAAAAGAAAACGAUUGACAUCGUUCAUUCCACCAUUAACUGCUAAAGUGAAAGCUGCGAAAAAACUUAGUCUAAAACCAAAAAAUAUCAAAGAUAUAUUUUCAAACUAAAUAUGUCUUUCCUUCAUAAUCAUUCUUGCGAGUGCGUUAAGUCAGAAUUGGAUUUGUUUGCACUACCGUCUACACAAACUAGCAUUGAAAAUGGAUUGUGGAUUCAUUAUAAACCAAUUUCAUCUCUUGGUGAUGAUGGACCUAUCGAGUUUCAAGUUCCUGGGACCGGCGAUGACUACAUAGAUUUGUCUCAUACAUUACUCCACAUAAAGGCAAAAGUAUUAAAUCAAGAUUCAACUAACUUGGUAUCUACUACAAUAGUAGCACCUGUAAAUAAUUGGCUGCAUUCACUUUUUAGUCAACUUGAUGUUUAUUUAAACCAAAAACUUGUAUCACCACCUAAUAAUACCUAUGCAUAUCGAGCAUACAUGGAAACCCUUUUAAACUAUGCCCCUGCUGCUAAACAAUCUCAUCUUACUUGUAGUCUUUGGUAUGAGGAUACAGCAGGAAAAAUGGAUUCUACAGAUGGGAAAAACAUAGGAUUUGUUAAAAGACAGGAAUUGAUUAGUGAAAGUAAGGAAAUAGAAAUGAUUGGUCAUCUUCACGGUGACAUUUUUAACCAAGAUAAAUUUUUAAUUAAUGGUGUUGAAAUGAGUGUUAAAUUGGUUCGAUCAAGAGAGAGUUUUAAUUUAAUUGUUGGGUCGAACGAUGUAAAGUUUAAAGUUUGCAUUACGGACGCAACUCUUAUUGUUCGACGAGCACGAAUUAAUCCAAGUGUAUUACUCGCACAUCAAAAAGUUUUAGCUUCUACCACUGCUAAAUAUCCUAUUACUCGAGCUGAAGUAAAAGUUUUAACAAUUCCUUCGGGUGUUCAAGGAAAAACUCUUGAUAAUAUAUUUUUAGGACAGGUACCGAAAAGAUGUAUAAUUGGAUUUGUGAACAAUUCUGCAUUUAAUGGUUCCCUUACUAAAAAUCCAUUUAACUUUGAAAACUAUGGUAUUAAUUCUUUCAGCUUAUAUAUUGAUGGUCAACAAAUACCUUCAAAAGCUUUGCAACCAUCUUUUAAUAAUAGCAUAUUUACAUCAGCAUAUCAUACUCUAUUCUCGGGAACUGGUAUUCACUUUCUUAAUGAAGGAAAUGGAAUCUCUUGUGAACAGUAUGGCAAAGGUUACUGUCUAUUAGCAUUUGACUUAACUCUUGAUUUAUCAGCUAACUCAUCAACUCAUUGGAAUCUCAUAAAGCAUGGUAGUGUAAGAAUAGAAGUACGAUUUGAAUCCUCAUUAAUACAAACAAUUAACUGUAUAGUUUAUGCUGAGUUUGAUAAUAUUAUUGAGAUAGAUAAAAACAGAAAUGUUACUGUAGACUAUAGUAGUUAAGGUUAUAAUAUGUGUUGUGUGUUAGAUUUUAUGUGUUAUGUGUAAUGCAUUUUGUGUGUAUGUAACUAUGUGAAACGUUAUAAAAUUAAAUAAAACAAAUUGUAUGC